AUGGUCAACGAAGCGUCAUCAUCCCAGGUCGACCCCUCCUGCCAGUCCGCCAUGAAUACGGAUCAGUUUCCCUGCUCCAUAUCCCUAAGUGUCCCCCUCCCCACGGCGCGCCUUGCCUCCACGGCCCUCCAGGCCCUCCAAGUCGACCCCGAGCUGUCCCCCCUUGUCCAGCGGCAACUGCGCAUCAGUCCCGACGACGACGUCAUCCUCCAGGUCGACUAUCGCGCAACCACGAACCGCAUGCUGCGCGUGGCCGUCAACUCCUUCAUGGACAGCUUGAAGCUGGUCCUCGACGUCAUGGAGCAUCUCGACACCGACGUCCUCGCCGCGUCCGAAGCGGCGGCCCUGAGCGUCGCCGCUUGA